UGUGUUUCAUUAGGGAUGCUCUUGGCACUCGGUACACGAACUGAACGCGUCGCGGAAAACGUUAUCCGAGACGGCGUCGCAGGUUUACCAACUUCUACUCAGUGGGUGACAGGCGGUUUGGCUUUGGAUAAUUGUAUUUUUGCAGCUUGGCAUUGGAAAAGACACGGCUGGAGGUGUGCACGCACUUGGACAGAACGUUUCACGGCUUCUGUAAGGGUCAGUAUUAAAACAAUUUUCAAGGACAGUCUACGGAUGGUUGGCUAUCUGGAAAUUCACAGGCAGAACAGGAUAAGAACAUCGUUGAAGCAAAGAGGGAAAAUGGCUGAGGUUUGCGAUGGGUCUUCAUUGCCGGAUCUUCCCGAAGAGAUAUGGGAGAAGGUGCUGGUGUGGUUACCCUUUCCAACUAUCCUCAGAGAAUGUUCUACAGUAAACCGUUCUUGGUCAAAUAUCAUUAAGAAUCCAAAGUUCAUUCCCUGGAAGAAGAUGUACUAUCAGAUGAAAAUUGCUCCAAAAAGGUCCAUGUCUGCUUCUUUACUGUCAGAGCCUGAUAAGAAAAUUCCAGCAAAGGCUAUUUUCAAAAAGCUCUGUGUAAAGCACAAAAUUACAUCGUCUGGAACUUUUCCUGCUAUUAUUAGCAUGAUAGGUAAAGUUCACAUGGCUUCUGACGUGUCAAUAGAUAACUUCAAGCGCCUUCCAUUGUACAAUGAAGCUGUUGAGAAGUUACAACACCUUGGGUUUACCAGUCCCAAUGUAUGGCAUAUUGUAACCAUGAUAGUCAUGCUUUCAGAUAAUGUUUGGCAAAUUGACAAGCUUCUCCGUCAUCUGCUUGCUCGGGAUUCCAUCUUCUCACCUAUAAUAAUCAUCGAGGUGUUUUAUUGUCUGGCCACAUUCUUCCUACACUGCAUGAGAAAAUAUAGUAUUUCACAGAGGUACCACUACAUUGUCAUCUAUGCCCUGCACCUCUAUGAGAAUUGGAAACCUCAAAGCCAGCAGGGAAUACAGCACACAGAAGAACAGCUGAGGAUUAUAAACCACAUCUUGAAGCCUGAAGAUGUUGUGAGAGUUAUCGGUUUUAGUGGGACAGGCAUAAAGACUACCCUGCACCAGAUUUGCAGACAGCAUCCAGAAAAGGAGUUCCUGCUGGUGGUCUACAAUAAGGAAAUGCAAAUAGACAUCCGGAAGAAAAUGGAACUGGAUAAUGUGACAGUGAAGACGAUACAUGCCUUAGCAUACCAAGAGUUUUCUGAUGAGAAAAUUGACUCCCAAUUGAGCUCCUCCAAAAUAGCACGUUUCCUGGAAGGAUAUCAAAAGUACACAUAUGCUUAUGGUGUUAAGAACACUCUUCAAAACUUUUGGAACUCUGAUGAUGACCAUCUCAUGGGAAAGCACAUCCCCAUGAAGGAUAGAUCCACUGCUUUCAAGGAAAACCAGAUACUGACAAAUGCACAAGUGGUAUGGCAAGAAAUGAAGAAGGGUUGCAGGGAGCAGAAGAUCGCCAUGUGUCAGGACGGCAUGCUGAAGCUUCGGCAACUUAGCAAACAGCAGAUUGAUGGGUAUGAUGUCAUCAUGUUUUACGGGGGCCAGGAUAUGAAUGCAGUAAUGUCAAACAUUAUUCUCAGACAGAAGUGUGCCAAAAUUAUUGCUGGCGAUCCUUAUCAACAAAUAUAUACCUUCAAAGAUGCAGUCAGUGCCCUGCAAAAGAUUCGAGCAACACACACAUACUACCUUACACAGUCCUUUAGAUUUGGCCCUGAAAUAUCAUACAUGGUAUAUUGUACUUUGAAAACUUUCAAGAGAGUGGAAAGGCCAAUAAUUGUUAGUGGCAGAAAGCGAGACCAUGUAUAUGUCAAAGACAAAGAACACUCAGAACCUCCCAUAGAUCAAAAUCUGAAAUCAGCCUACUUGGCGAGAACAAAUGUGGCCUUAUACAAGCAUGCCAUUAGUAUGUGCGAAGAUGAAAGGUAUUCUGGUGUGUCCAUGAGAUUUGCUGGAAAAUUAGACAGCUACAAGUUUGAAGAUGUAUUAGAUAUCUACAAACUGCAUCUAAAAGAAUCUGGAAGUGGGGCAGCAACAUCACAGAUCUUCAGCAACAAACAUAUUGCAAAAUUCAAGUCCGUCGAUGAGCUUAGAUGGAGUGCUAGGACUAACAAUGACAUAGAAUUGUCUAACAAGAUCAAAAUGUUUGAUUUCAGUAAAGACAAGACUCCCCAGCAUCAUGAGCUCCUGGAACAUAGGUGUAGAAGUGAUGUACGCAGAGCUGAAAUAACUUUUAGCACGAUUCACAAAUCAAAAGGACUGGCGUUCGACUGGGUUAUGCUGUUAGACGAUAUUGGCAAGCCAGAACCUAUGCAGGAUCAAAAUGAAGAUGAAUACAACUUGAUAUAUGUGGCCAUCACAAGGGCAAAGAAGGAGCUAAUUAUUAAAGAUGCAGAGUUGUACCAAACAAUCAUUGGGAAUGGAAGAG